AUGGCUACUCUGCCACUACCGCCUCAUCGCUCCCUUCUCCAUGGGGUCGAGCAGCUGCCGCCAUACACCCCGCGCAGAACACCUAUGAACGACCCUGAAACAGCAUCUAUACAUUCCGAUGCGCCGUCGUAUGUUUCUGCUGCACCGUCCUACCACUCAUAUCUACCAGCAUCCCACCGACGGGCGAGCGAUGUUCUCACUGGCACCCCUUCACCAGCUGAAAGUCAGCCGCAGCAUCAACCUCGUCAAGACACGCAGCAGAGACAGGAGCGACAGACGGCUCGAACUCAGCCUGCACACAAUAAUAACUCAAACCGACAUGGCCUCCCUCCGACACCGAUGUACGCCCGUGGUUUCGAGAAUCGCAUCGGCCCAAUAUCCCCCUUCAGCAAUUCAUCCAAUUUCACCGCCCGCUCUAUACGCAACACUGCUUCUAGCCUUCGGUCAAUAUACAACUCGUCAGAGUGGGUGCCGGUAACAAGCGGUCUGCAGUCGCGCCAUUAUAGAAAUGUUGCAAACAGGCGUGUGACAAGUUCGUCCAGCGAAAUCAAUGCCAUAUCGAGAUUUAUAUUCCCAGGUCUUUUCCAGACAACAACCGAUCUCUCAACGUCCAGUAUCUCAGAGACGGAGAACCGGCCUUCUUCGUCAAGAAAUACAACGGUGCCAUCUUCCCUUGGACAGGCACAUAACUCCUCCACCGUCACGCUCGUUCGUUCUCCGACAGAAGAACCACCCACCGUAUCGACUGCAAAUGAGAUAGCCUCGCCCAUGCAUUCUGGCAUACAUCUUCCAUUAUCUCCCCAUGAGGAUCCUGACCUGGUUGGCGAAGAAGCUGCAGCUCGCUUCCGAUCUCAGCGGCUUUACAUGGCAUCGCAGCAAGAAGAACUGAAUCGAGUCCGCUAUCCAACGCCACCUCGAAGCCCUGCACAACAGCCAGAACCGCCUAGCCAACCAGGGUUGGUAUAUCAGUAUAGUUCGCUCGUAUCGCCUGCGUCUACUUCAAUUGAAUUCACCCCUUCACCAGAACAGCAGCGGAGAGCUCGUAUGACGGGCUCCCCAGUUUCGUCAGAUAAUUUGUUACUUCGGCCAAGGCCUAGUAGGGACCGCAUUGAAGCGACUAGGUCUCAGAGCCCAGAAACACAGCAACUGAAUAUCCAUCCCCUCACACCAACACCAACACAGACACCUGCUACUGCACGCAAUACAACAGCUACACUCAGUGCAGAAGCAGGGCCCAGCACAAGCACAACUGCAAGGUAUAACCGCAGAUCUGUUGUCGACCAUGAUAAAUUAGUCUUGCGUGCUCAGGAGGCACAGAACUGGGACUUCAUGUUAGCCCAGAUGGCAGAUGGAGAAGGCCGCGAGCGUAGCUGGAAGAAGAGGUAUAAGGGGCAAGUUGAGAAGCAAAUUCACAUUGCGAGACAUUUGAAGUUAGGACCUCUUCUCAUGGUUGGAUGGAGGAGGCGGCUAGAGGAAAGGAAGAAGGCAAAGGCAAGGGCAUUUAGUUAA